ACAAACACAAAUUAAAGGUAAAGUUGACGUUAGUAACAGGUUUUUCUAGGUCAGCACACACACACACACACACACACGCACACACACACACACACACGCUCACUAAUUAUGGCUGAGUAUGCUGUUUAACUAAAUUGCCUCCACUUUUCCCUUUUCUUUUUGCCAGCCAUUCUAAAAAUACUAUAUAUCUCUGUUCAAGUUGUCUGAAAUGAUCUUGUUUAUUUUGACACAUGAACUACCUGUGUUAAAAAGAAAACAUAUUGUUCCUGUUGAUGUGAUAUAGAGGAGAAUGAAACCCUCUCUGUGUUUUUCGUUUUGGUGAAAGAAGGAAUAUGAUUGUUAUUGAGAUAAUAACUGUUUUCUCUUGAUCACUACUCAUAUCACCUGCUAAUAGAUUUGUUUCCUCUCCACGAUUCAGGUGGAGUCAUGGGAAGCUUCAAGGGCCACGCGCUCCCUGGAAGCUUCUUCCUGGUGGCGGGGAUCUGGUGGACGGGGAAGUACUCGCUGUGGCGCACCUCCCGCAGGAAAAAGAACAUGGGUUCCACCCGUCUGGCCAGCAGAACCUCACAGCGCCGCCUGGAGGUCAUCGAGAGCUCCGUGGUUCUCUUCUUCUCAUUUGUUGGGAUGCUGGCGGAGCAGUUUGCAGCAGACGGGCCGAGACUCCGUCUCUACGACUCUGCAGGUCAACACUGGGAGCAGCUGAUGAACUGGCAGCACGCCACCAUGUAUCUGUUCUUCGGCCUGGCGGCCGCCGUGUCUCUGGUCGUUCACACCACGGAGGCCGCUCCGCUGGCUCUGGACCGGCUGAUGCUGGCCGUGGCUUUCUUUAAUGAAGGAUUUAUCUUCUUCUACCACCUCCACGGCCGGAGCAUGCUGGACGUCCACGUGCACCAGCUCCUUCUCUUCGCCAUCAUUGGGGGGGCUCUGGUUGCGUUCCUGGAGGUCUUCCACCGAGGGAACGUGGUCCUGGAGCUGCUGCGCUGCACCCUCACUCUGCUGCAGGGCAGCUGGUUCUGGCAGAUCGGUUUUGUGCUGUACCCCCCACGAGGCCCCGAGUGGGACCUCGAUGACCACAACAACAUGAUGUUCGUCACCAUGUGUUUCUCCUGGCACCUCGCCUUAGCCAUGCUCGUCGUGAGCGCGCUCUAUUGCACCAUCAGCUGUGUGGUUCGCUCCGGAUUGAGGAGGACUCCUCCGAUGGAAAUGGGUCUUCUGAAGCCCAGAGACAGGGAUCCGGAGUCAGAGGAUGAGAUUUUAUGAAGACGGACCGCCUUGUGACUUGUGAAUAUAUCACAAUUAAAUCAGGGAUGUUUGCAGUUCCAGCAGCAGAACGACUAGAAGCGAAUGAGGAAAUGUUUUCUGGACGCUUUGCUGUAGAAUCAUAUCUCUACCUCUGCUUUAUUUAAUCAGAUUUAAUCAGCUGUAAACCUCUUUAGCCUUCAAUCAGUGCUCCUUAUUUUACUGUAGUCCUGAUCCUCUAUAUGAACCAGUCUCAGUGUAGUCCUGAUCCUCUAUCAGACCUCCAUCAGUAAAG